UAGUUCGCCAUUAUCAUUUCUAAAACCCUAAUAAGAUUCGUCGGCAGCUCCGAUCGUGAUCUUUCCUAAACCCUAGCAUCGCCGGUGAUUAACAGCUGAGCUAAGGAAAUGAGUUUCAACAAAGUUCCCAAGAUUCCUGGAUCACCUGCUCUCUCUGCCCUUCUCAAGGUCAGCGUUAUUGGUGGGCUUGGUGUCUAUGCCCUUACUAACAGUCUCUACAAUGUUGAUGGAGGACACCGUGCUGUCAUGUUCAACCGAUUAACUGGUGUCAAGGAAAAGGUAUACCCGGAAGGCACACAUUUUAUGUUGCCAUGGUUUGAAAGGCCAAUCAUCUAUGACGUUCGUGCACGACCUUACCUUGUUGAGAGCACCACUGGGAGUCAUGACCUUCAGAUGGUGAAAAUUGGACUGAGGGUGCUCACACGUCCUAUGGGUGAUCGUUUGCCAAAGAUUUACCGAAGCCUUGGCGAGAAUUACAGUGAAAGGGUUCUUCCUUCCAUCAUCCAUGAAACCCUAAAAGCAGUGGUAGCUCAGUACAAUGCAAGCCAGCUCAUAACACAGAGAGAAGCUGUGAGCAGAGAGAUACGCAAGAUUCUGACAGAGCGAGCUUCCAACUUCGACAUUGCUCUUGAUGAUGUCUCCAUCACGACCCUCACGUUUGGCAAGGAGUUCACCGCAGCAAUCGAGGCAAAACAAGUCGCUGCUCAAGAAGCUGAACGGGCUAAGUUCAUUGUGGAGAAAGCCGAGCAAGACAGGAGAAGUGCGGUUAUCCGUGCCCAGGGAGAAGCUAAAAGUGCUCAGCUGAUCGGACAAGCAAUUGCAAACAAUCAGGCAUUCAUCACUCUGAGAAAGAUUGAAGCUGCAAGAGAGAUUGCUCAGACCAUUGCUCAAUCUGCAAACAAGGUUUACCUGAGCUCCAACGAUCUGUUGCUCAACCUCCAAGAGAUGAACUUGGAGCCUAUCGCUAAGAAGUAAAAGAGAAGGAAAGAGUAAGUUUUUCUUCAGUUUUUUUCUCUAAAAAAAAGUCUCCGCCUUGGACGUAAACAACCGGUUCGGUGAUUGACCAAAUGACCCCGUCUCUCUCUCUCUCUCGAUAGAUUUUGAAAAUAGUCUUUUAAGCGGACAUAUUGCAACUCGGUUUGGUUUGGCUUUGGUCAGUAUUAUUCAUCAUCAUGUUCAGUGAAACUUAUCGUUUGGAUA